ACCCAAAAUCCAAACCGAGCAAAUGUGUUUAGCGAUCGCAGAAGCUUAGUUCCUCCCCAUAGUCAGUUGUUUCGUUGCCAAGAUGAAGUUAACGAUAAAAAUAUUAAAGGGGGAAGAAUACAUUGUAGAGACUACCGAAGAUUCCACGAUACAGCAGAUCAAGGAAGAGAUUGAGAAGAAAAGUACAAUCCCGGUCGAGCAUCAGAAGCUGCUGCUCGUGGGCAAGGCGCUAACGGACGAGAAAACGGUUGCCUCCUAUGGUAACAUUUCUGACGGCACAAAGCUAACGUUGGUUGUGAAGAAACCGGAUCCCUUGCGGGACGUAAUCUAUCGACACUUCAAACGUUUCCUGCAAGAGGAGCAAUCUCAACAGCUCACAACCAAGUUCAUGGACGACUUCGAGCAGAAGCUAUAUCAGAAGCUUAGUCUCGACGAUUUGGAGAAAAUUGCCACCGAAAUGUUGGCGAAAAGAGGCCAAAAUGUGUGAAUCCAGAUAAAAUUGGGGUGUAUAUUUGUGUACUGUUGCUUUGUGGUCUCUUUGCGUUUGUUUUUCCAUAGCACACGUAAGAUGUAAUAAAUUAUUCGAGA